AUGGAUGUUUCUCUCGGACCCACUCAGGAGACCAGCCUGGAUUGCUCGCUGCUUCUGAACAAUUUUGUUCACUCUCCUCAGGAGGCUGAGUCUGUUUACUUGGAUGCUUUCAAGCAUAUCAAGAGGGCUCUAUGGACGCAUGUGGGGAAGCUUGGGCUUCAGCCCUUGACCUUUCUGAAGGAAUCCAUGAAGGUCCCACAGCAGAUCUGCUCAUGGAGCUUCCAUGCGAGGCAGGCUCAGCUGGGGAUGUCUAACUACAAGAGGAACAACGAGGACGGCACAGGUGGGGUGGGACGCAGACAAGCAGCGAGUGACGAGGAGGAGGAGGAGGAGCAUAGUGCCAUUGCCUGCAGUGAAGAGCAGGGACAGAGACGGAUGUUUGAAACCGCGACAGCGACUGCGUGCCCAGAAGCAACCGGCACGGCACCUUCGGAGCAUGCAAACAGCAUGGACCUAGAUCUAUCUGCCACAGAAUCUGACAGCACCAAACCUGGACAGGCUCAGCCAGUUAAGUCUACCCACAGUGGUCCUUCAUAUCCUGAUAUAGCUACUGCGGCAAGUGGAGAACUUGAAGCAAAGUGGAAAUGGUCGAUAUUGAAAGACACAUGGACUGACUGCCAUAUGUUCAACUUUCCCUCAAGAAGCAUCCAUGGGAAAAUGAGAAAGCUGUCAUCAAGCUGGUUGACAGACCACCCCUGGCUCAGAUACUCGAUUUCUACAGAUGCCUUAUUCUGCGCCCCCUGUUUCGUAUUUGGACGGAAAGAUGCGAAGGAGAAAACUUUCAUCAGUACACCAGUGAAGGAUUGGUCCAACCUAGCCAAGUACGUCAAGAGGUACGAAUUAGCAGAGUCAAACCAUCACAAUGUUACAGCUAUGGCGGAACAUUUUCUUGAUAUACAAUCAGGUAAGAUGGAACCCAUCACAAGUUCUGUAUCGGACAGUCACAGACGCCUAGUGGAGCAGAACCGCCAUAUUCUCAGGAAAAUUAUAGAAGUAAUCAUCCUUUGUGGUAAGCAAAAUAUCGCUAUCAGAGGUAAUACAGAAGAACGAAGCAAUUUUUUAGCCAUACUGCAUUCAAAGGCAGCAGAUGACCCUAUCCUAGCACAGCAUCUAAAUGUUCCAGAAAAUCGUAGGGCAACAUACACAUCGCCCGACAUACAGAAUGAACUGAUCUGUUUGUGUGCUGAGCAGAUACAGAUCGAAAUUGUGCAGGCAUGCAAUGAUGCAGUCUGUUUCGCUCUUAUAGCCGAUGAGUCGACCGACAAGUCAACAAAAGAACAGGUGUCCGUGUGUCUGCGAUUUGUCCAACGUGGAAGCGGUUCCCAGCAAUUUAGAGUCCGUGAAGAUUUUCUUGGAUUUGUUCAAGCAAGUAGAACAACUGGCGAGGUACUUGCAGAACUACUCUUGACCUCUCUUGAAAAUCAUGGAAUCGAAGUAGAUAAGAUGCGGUCUCAGGCUUAUGAUGGUGCCGCAAAUAUGUCUGGAAAGCACAGGGGCGUACAGGCACGAAUUCGUCAACGGGUGCCGUCUGCGCUGUAUGUACACUGUAGAGCCCACUGCCUCAACCUAGCAGUUAUGCAUAGCAGCAAGGACCCAUGCAUAAGGUCAGUGAUGACAACUGUGCAAGAGGUAGGGUUUGCAUUUGAUUAUUCGGCCAAAAGACUAAACUUCUUUGUUGAUGAACUUGCUGCUGACCAAGACGCACAGGAAAAGCUGAAGAAACGCACCAAACUGAGAACUCUGUGUGAAACUAGGUGGACUAGCCGAGCCGAUGCCCUCUCAACGUUCAAGUCAGCAUACAGCGUUGUUGUUCAUGCCCUUGAACAGCUACAGGAGGAUGGCGAUGACAAGGCAGGCCAACACUUGGCGUCGAUCAUGAAGUUUGACUUCAUAAUCGGACUGGUCGUUGCUGAGCACGUUAUGCAAAGUACAGUUCCGUUGUCUUAUCUUCUUCAGGCAGUCGACUGCGAUUUGCUUGAGGCAACGCGAGAAAGUCAAACCCUCAUCCGCCAGUUUCAAAACGAAAGGGCAGACCCUAAUGUCUGGGAAGCAUUGUUUCAGAGCGCUAAAGAUAUUGCAGCAGAAUUUGAGAUUGAACCUUCAAUGCCCCGUCUUGCUCAACGCCAACGAAACCGGGCAAACCCACCGGCCAAUGAUCCACAACAGUAUUGGCAGCGAGCUCUCUACUUCCCUUUCUUGGACCAUUUGUGUCAAGAACUUAGCGACAGAUUGAUUGUGGCCGAGGAAAGAUUCCGUGCACAGUACUUGAUUCCAUCCAAGUUGAACCUUUGCACAGACGGAAUGGUGGAUCUCAUUUUUGCGGGGUAUUCGGUGGACCUACCUCAGGGAAACCAGUCAUUCCAUAACGAGGUUAGGCGGUGGAAGGCUAGAUGGCAAUUGAUGGAUGAAAAUGACAAACCAAGCACAUUGGGUGAAACUGUAGCAUCAACCAAUCCGGAUCUUUACAAGGGAGUUUAUACAGUACUCACCAUUCUUCUGACCAUGCCGGCAUCAUCUGCUACUGCUGAACGGAGCUUUAGCGUUAUGCGCAGGGUGAAAACCUACCUGAGGUCGACGAUGCGGACAGAGCGCAUGACAGGACUUGCCCUGAUGCACGUAUAUCGGGAUGUUAACAUUGACAUUGACCAGGUAGUGUCUAAAUUCGCUGGAAGCAAAAGCCGAAGGCUUGACUUUGUUUAA